CGAAAAUACCUUUCAAUUGGUCCCUGCAAAUAAAUCCAAAAUCUUCCCUUUCCUGUCGCAACAGCACUGUACAAGACCAUGGCACAGGUCUCCGGCAGCACGGCCUCGUCCAUGACUUCGACAUCACACACGAUGACUGCCGAACUCACGAACCAGAAACUGGGCGGUCCCAACUCGUCGUAUUCCGCGUACGCGAAAUCUCUUCUCCAGGCGCUGCAGCCGGAGAAUCGGUACAAGUUCAUAGCGCCCGAGAAGGAAAUCUGCGAGGGGGCUUUGGAUUUGGCGAAGACGACUUUGGAUGGGUUUGCAGCGCAGCUGUAUGAUGAGCAGAACAAGAGGGUGGAGGAGGAGAGGAAGGAUCGGAAGAGGAAGAGGGGCGAGGCUGCAGAUGGCGGGGAGCUGCUGAAGAUUAGGAAGGUACAUACACAGGGAUUUGCUGUGGAGCAGGUGUGGGAGCAGGCGAGGAGAGUUAUUGAUGCUUUGAGAGGAGAUGUGGAGAGGGACUUGGAUGAGCUGGCGCCCAGUGAGGGUGAUGAAAGUGAGAGUGAAGAUGGCGAAGAAGGUCAAGGUGAUAGUGAGUUGGAGGGGAUGGAAUUCGGCGAAGACGGACUUGAGAUCGGAAGCGAGGGUGAUAGUGCAGAGGACCAAGAGGAGGAGAUGGGUGCCAUGGAGGAGGGCGUUGACGACGAUGAAGACGAAGAGGACAUGGAGGCCAUGAUGGAUGGCGAGGACGACUUCGAGGAUGAAGAUGAUGGGGAUGCAGAGGAUGAUGGAGAGGAGGAAGAAUUUGUCGAGGACCCUCACGGCCUGAACGACGGCUUUUUCUCGAUCGACCAGUUCAACAAACAAACCGAGUUCCUGGAAUUGCAAGAUACUGCUGCGGAUCCAUACACCGGAGAGGCUAGCGACGAAGAAGAAAUCGACUGGGAUGCCGACCCAAUGACUGCAGUGGCCGGAGCGGGCACGAAAAGCAAGAAAUCGGCAGCAGCAGAUGAUGAAAGCGAGGAGGAAGAUGAGAAUGAGGACGAGGAUGGCCCGACAUUUGGUAACAUGGACCUGAACGCCCCUGAAGGCGACAGCGACGAGGAAGAAGAUGAGCACAUGGAGAAUCCCGUCGAUGCCCCAGGAGAUAACACCAACGACAUUCUGUACAAGGACUUCUUCCAGCCUCCAGCACGCAAAGUUACCAAAGCCGAAAAGCAAGCUUCAUAUCUUGCAAGACAAGAGAAGAAGGCAAAAGCUCCCCCGGCAGACGAUGAGCAGGAUGUUGAGCGGGCGAUGGCUGACGUUCGACGCGACCUUUUCGACGAUGAAGAAGAAGAUCGUACUGAGGAUGAUCUUUCGGAUGUUGAUGCAGCCGAUCCCAAGUCGAGAAGGUCCGCUCACGAGCGCCGUCAAGCAAAACUCGCUGAAGAGAUCCGUCGCCUUGAAGCAGCAUCUGUGCAAAAGCGAGAGUGGACUUUGUCGGGUGAAGCAAGAGCUGCCGACCGCCCCCAGAACUCCCUUCUGGAACAGGACCUAGACUUUGAACGAACCGGCAAGCCAGUGCCAGUUAUCACUGCAGAAGUCAGUGAAAGCAUUGAGGAACUCAUCAAGCGCCGUAUCAUCGCCCAAGAGUUUGACGAGGUCAUCCGCCGUCGUCCCGACUCCGACUCGGUUCCUGACAAUGCUCGCCGUGGCGCUUUCGAGCUCGAAGACACCAAAGCCCAGCAAAGUCUUGCUGAGAUGUACGAAGAAGAGCACGUCAAGGACAACAACCCUGACACAUAUAUGAGCAAGGCCGAUGACAAGCUGAAGAAGCAACAUCUCGAAAUUGAAGGGCUCUGGAAGGAUGUUUGCGGCAAAUUGGAUGCACUCAGCAGCUGGCAUUACAAGCCCAAGCCUCCUGCACCAAGCCUGACUGUCGUCGCUGAUGUGGCGACCGUUAACAUGGAGGACGCACAGCCUACGAUGGCAAGCGGCAUUACUGGCGCUGACAGCAUGCUGGCACCUCAGGAGAUCUACAAGGCUGGCAAGGAUAAGAAUUCAGUGGACAAGGGAGAAAUUGUGCCGAAGAGCGGUGCUCCUAUCGCCAGACAGGAGAUGACGAGGGUAGAGAAGCUCAGGAGGCGUAGACGCGAAAAGGAGAGGAUUAAGAAGAGGGGUGGUGAGGUUCAGAACGCGAGACCUGAGGGCAAGAAGGCGAAGGCGAAGAGAGAGACGGUUGAAGAGCUUAAGAAGGCCGGAGUGAAGGUCAUUGGCAGGAGAGGUGACAUCAAGGAUGUUGAGGGGAAUAAGAUCAAGGCCGCACAGAUCACAAAUGGUGCGAGUGGCUUCAAGUUGUAGAGGGGCAGUGUGUGGUUAAGGAAUUUCUGGAGUUUCAAGCGUUAGGAUAGGUGUUUUAUAGAAGAAUAAUGUGUUCUUUAUAAGGAUGCCAUUUAACAACUAUAUAUACAAUGCGAUUGUGUUUAUUGCG